ACGCUGCACUUAACGCAAAUUGGUACCGUUAACGCAGUGGGCGCGUCAACCAUUCGCAUGGUCCGCAAUCGCAACCGUGUGGUCAUUCUGACAUCCAGUAGUUUGGUCUGUACUGUUCCGGGCCUGGGCUGUAAUAUUCCAUCAGCAACAAUAGUUAACCAGGACGACAGCCUGACGCACUGUGACAGUUUGGAUUUCGGGAUUUCCACGUCAGUUGCCGGCUGGCCGUCCGGAACGCACAUCUACAUUGUCCAUGCUGUGCAGGAUGUGGUCGAUGCAAGGGUCAGUCACCUGGUUCUGUUUCGGAUGGAACUGCCAGUCGGCGCCAGCCGUUGUCGAAUUGAAAAACUGCAGACAGUGAAGCUACCAAUCAAACUUUGUGAUGUCAACUCCAUGAAAUUAUUCCGUACAUUACGUCAGUACUUCCUGUUGAUUGCCAGCAAUGAUUGCGCUGGGACAGAUCACUCAGGAGAUGCCGGCACACGUGAUCUUGCUGCAAUCCAGUGGAACCCUGUCACUGGAUUCCUUGAAGGGCAAUCCAUGAAAUACCUCAGUGGAACAGAACAUGUGAAUCGAUUGACCUCCUUGUCAGCAUCCAUCUUGCUGCUGGACAGACCUAGCGGAUAUGUAAGCACUCUCCAUUGUCUAACAUCGGAGAUGCCGGGUUUUUAUGACGUAUCGCGUGGGCGAUACAUCCACACGGAUUCCCGAAGUACCACGUUAGAAACCUUAGCGGCAAUGCCGGUCACAACAGGCAUAAAACACCUCACCGUUCUUAACACGAACGACGGAUCGAUUUUCCUGGCGAAAACACUACAUGCCAAAAGCGGCGAACGCAAAGUUGAAGUGGAUCAGCUGUUUUAUCCUAUUGAGACCCUCCGGGAUUACGGAGCUUCCCGCGCUAUCAUGACCAGUCUCAACACAUCAGAUUUGAUGGGUGGCACUCCGUUUCUCCGGGAACCACGAUCAUUCUACGCCGGGUCGCCAAGAGCUUUCGAAUUCUCCGCUGUUGCCAGGAGCACGCCAUCAGCCGCCACGUGGGAGCAACCGUUUACAACAAAUUUUCCUGGAACCCCGUUUGAAAUGCAACUCAUGACUGCCCAGCUGCCAACGACUAUGCAAUCUCAGUCACGUAAACUUCAUCUGGACAUGGUAAUGACAAAGGACAGCUUGCGUGCUGCCAAUAUUUCUACGGGAAUCCUUCAGAGUUACUCACGCGACCCGUUUGAAUUUACUCCUACUGAAAUACAUCCAGUUGAUGCUGGUACAGAAGACGAAUUUCGUGUUGUAAGAAAACAUUUGUCGACUCCGGUACCUGACGAGCUGAGGGAUAUCGACUAUUUCGACAACAAAAAAUUCCGGCCACAUCGAAACGAGAUGACAGCAGGUUCGAAUCCGCAGCCGACAACAGCAGGAGUCCCCAGCGAAUUUACCCACAAGGGCUACCAAAUGUCAGAACAAGGUGUGAAUGCCGGUUACCAGUUGGUUGGUAAUUCAUCGCGAAUAACCAACUACAAUCAGCUUUCUCCGCACCUGAGCUUCAGAAGAACCGAUGAGCACCGCCCACCUCAUGGAGCUGCUCCUCAAGCGCCCAUUCAGCCAAAUCAUGCCGAGUACACCUACGACUACGAAGACGAUUUUGCCGAUCCCAUGGAUCUUACCAACACAUUGUCAUCCCCAGAAACCUUUUUUGCAGACCGCAUAAACGCCCUCUCAAAUGCACAAACCGUUCAGAAAGGGGUCUCUCCUCCUCUGCAGUCACAUUCUCAAGUCCCGCCACAACCUGAUCCUCACAGUCAGCAUAAGAACGAGACCAAGACAUGGCUACCACCACAGCACCAUCUGAUCCGUAACGGACAUCGCAAGAACGCCACUUCUUAUUCGCCUCGUAAUCACAACAAAACAUCGGACUGCCAAGAUCUAAAGCUAGCAGUGCACGACCAUAGCGAGUAUGACGAUCCCGAGGACGCGGAGUUAAUGGCUAAUAGCACACCCACGGCGACUGCCCAGCAAAGAUUGUUUCACACGGACAACUUGCUUGAGGACAUUACUGUUUUUGACGAAAUGCCCCGAUUGCGACACAACCAAACGCUAGCCGAAGAUGAACUGCCCGAGAGAAACGUACAGGAUUUGCCGGUUACUUAUGACAGAGGCGUAAGGUACAGCAAUACCUCCACUGGGAUGAGCCGUAUACUGCACAACGAAAACUUUUCCGGUGAUAGCAGAAUGAAAUACAACGAAACCUUAGCAGAAACCCAGUAUCUGGAUAAUCUGCCCAAUUUAACAUUAAUCCUUUCGCGGCCGGAUCUCUCGCGUUAUGCAAGAUUGGAUGCUAUGCAGACAAAUGACACGCGUCUACGAUACAACGCAAGUUUUUCUGGGAUGAAUCGUGUGCAACACAACGAAACCUUGUUAGGAGGUAACAGAAUGAAGUACGACGAAAGCUUACUCCAAUCACAGUAUUUGGAAAAUCUGCCCAAUUUAACCUUGACCUUUCCGCGUUCAAAACUCUUAAAUUAUUCAAAACAAAAUGAUGCACGGAUUAACGACACGCGUCUACAAUAUGACACAAGUUUUACCGGGAUGAAUCGUGUGCGACAUAACGACACCUUUCUGGGAGAUGACAGAAUGAAGUACAAUGAAAGCCUAAUCCAGUCACAGUAUUUGGAAAUGGUUCCGAAUUAUACGUUGACCUUUCCUCGACCGACUCCUUCCAGUUACAAGGACCCAUUGCAAAUGCAGACUUACGAUGCACGUGUAGAUUAUAAGGAGAGUUCCAAUGAAAUGGAUCGUCUGUUGCACAACGAAACCUUUUCAGGCCAAACCAGAUUAAAGUACAACGAAAGCCUAAUUCAGCCGGACUACUUUGAUAUUAUGCCAAAUCUGACGGUGACCCUCCCGCGAACAAAUUUCUUCAGCCAUCAAAGCCCACUGCUAACAUUGAGUCUUUGGCAGGCUAAUUAUGGUAAUGAAGGCACGAACAACGAUGAUUCCCUCGUAGCACGGCGAUCCGAGUUUCCGAAAACUGAUACUGCGAGGAUGCGACACAAUGCAAGUUAUCCCGAGCAUGAGCACCCUGUCGUAGCACUCCGAUCAGAGACGCCAAACUUGAAUCCCAGCGAAGCGGUCGUCAUAAAUGAAAGACAUCUUGUAAACCGCAACCGGGUAAAAUAUAACGACACUCUACUUCAGGAAGAAUAUGAAGAAGUGAAUAUUCUGCAAAACAUGACCUUUCCGUUCCUAAAUCGCUCAAGUGCCGGCGGAGAGCAGCCGCAAACAGAAUAUACUUCUUCCCAAAAUAAUACAGCGGAUACUGAUGAGGACGUUGUUAACGAAGAUUAUCAGUAUAUUUCCGCGCCGACGGUAUCAGGCAACGAAACGAGAGACACCGAAGACGAAGAACUGGCGCCUUCUUUUGGGAUCGAAACUCUACAGAAAAGAAAUCUUAGUAUGAAUCAUGAAGAUUAUCAUGAAGUGUUAGGACCUCAUACCACACGUCAGCGAAUCGAGAAUGUCCAACCAAAUCCUUACCGCAAUGAUGACACCGUAACGGGAAAGCCUCUCAAUCGAACGUUUUCUGCUGGUCGGCUUCUUUUUAAUUCAACCGGUGGAUUAGUGGUAAAUGAAACUAGCUUGACCGUACCUGGCAUGGACUACAGAUUCCUUAAUAACACAGCUGUCCAAACUUUAACCAACUCGACGAUACAUAUGCCAGAUGGCAGGCUUCCAAGAUUACGGUACAACGACAGCUUGUCAACAGCUACAGAUGACCAAGAAGGUCAUCCUGCAGCCGCGCCAAAGUUUAACAGGACAAAUGGAAUAACAAACAGGGAACCAAUAGUCACAGACCCGCAGCGGCUGCACUACACAGAUACUGCUGUGGCGCUAGACCAAACAGAGCACAGCGCACCAUUCCCAAGUCUGGCUUACACAUCCGUUAAUCGAGGUCAGUUGUCAGUUGGAGCGCCCAGUUCUUCGGUUUUCCAGGACAAUAAAGCUUCUACUCGAUUUGUCAAUGGAAGUGGAAAACUUUUGCCACGAAACGAAAUCAACUUGGAAACACAGGCGGUUAAAGUGGAUAGUUCGUCAGUCGGUGUGCCUCCUUUUCUACAUAGACAUUCGUCGAUUCGAAUGGGCCAAAGCACCGGUAACAGUGUGUAUCAAGCCAGGAGGAACACCAGCUUCCUUGGAAUUAAUCCUGAUGGCCGCGCUGGCCCGAGACUUUUUCGACCGCCAGUUUUACAGACAGGUUACAGGCGAAUAAAAGGAAACGUUUCGGUGUCUCCAAAUACUAACAAGCGAAAACUGCAGCCAACAGCUUUAUCUGGCAACGUGACCUCGGCAAAAGUUAAAAUGGGCAGAAGGAAAACCGUGUUCCAUGGAACGCGAGACCGGAAUACUACGACACGCCUCCGGACAACGCCUCCCGCUCCCACCAUAUUGCCUCCUCUUAACUAUACCGUGAAAUCCAAGGUUCUGCCCAAGCCAAAGAGUCGCAACAAAAAUAUCUCGGACGCUCAGUCAACAGUCGUAUCAGAAACUGUCCAAGAAGUGCUUGUAAAAAGCUCAGGAGACAACGAUGUAGAAGUGGCAGUCGAAGUGGAAACAUCGGAGAGCUUCCAUAAUGUGUCAUCUUCUAAAAACGACUCAUCGCCUGCCAAAGUAAACUCCACCAUGAUAACACCAGUUAACCUGACGCUCGCCAAAUACUGCGCGGACAAACUACACAUAGAAGAAGAGGACAUCUCGAGGGCGGUCGCAUGUGGUGGAAAUACAACACGAAUCGGGGUGAAAAUCGACGUUGAAGGCGGCAGUGGGACGUAUCGGUUCGAAAUUUUUCAUGCCGGUUCAAGCGAUGAUAACAACGCCAGGACUAAAUUCAAGAUCCAUGAAGCCAAGGGAAUAUUGUACGCUCGUGUUCCCGUUAAGCGAAAUAUUCCCCCAAAGGACAAGCGGUACAUCCGCUCGGGACAUGCUUAUCGUAUCCCACUGCUUGUUAAGGAUGAUGUUUGUAAAGAAUCCUUUGAGACCAUCGUCACCGUUGUGUUGAAAUGCAGUUAAACAAAGCAGUAAAGUAACGUGUUGUUUUUACUAAAAUUUGUUGGGAACAUGGGUUGUCUUGUUGGUUUUUGUAC